ACAGGGUAUGAGGACUUCCAUUUCCCUAACACAAUCACCAUUGUUAAUCCACAAAAACCAUCAAUUUUUAAAAAAAUUAUAAAAUACAAAAACACUAAUAAAAAACAAAAUAAUAAACUAUUUUUUUUGUGGUUUUUGUUUAUCUUGUUUUGUUAGGCUUUGAAGCUUAGCCUACCCUAUUGACCUUGGUUGGAUCCCCUUUGAAUUCUUCAUCAAAAACUUUAAGGAAUUUUUUUUCCUGAGUUUGGUUGAUCAUUUCAAAGGGAUCCAGCUUCUAGGUGCUGGCUGUUGAAGAUAUUUAGAGAAGAAUCAUUGCCUCUAAUUUUGCAUAUAGAUUUUUUCUGAGAAUUCUUUAGAUUUUUUGGGAUGUGGAGAGAUCCUGGAGUACCUGCUGAUUCUUUCUAUGAAACCCGCCCUGAAUGCACCGAUGUUCCCAAGUCUAGAUUUAGGAUCAAGGCUGGUAAAACUCUAAGUGAAAGAAGGUGGCGUGCUGCAUUUUCUCCGGAAGGGUAUUUGGAUAUAGGCAGGACUCUAAGCCGAAUCCAUCGUGGGGGAAUCCAUCCAUCAAUUAGAGGAGAAGUUUGGGAAUUUCUACUCGGUUGCUAUGAACCCACGAGUACAUUCGAGGAAAGAGAAGAGAUAAGGCAGCGCCGAAGGACGCAAUAUGCUGAAUGGAAGGAAGAAUGUCGCCAACUGUUUCCUCUUGUAGGAAGUGGUAGAUUUAUCACUGCACCUGUAGUUACCGACGAUGGUGUACCGGUUCAAGAUCCAUUGGUUUUGUUAGAAAAUAAUCCAGAAAAUGGAGUGAUUGUACCUCCUCAAGAAGUAGGUGCUCCAAGCCCUAAUAAUACAGCAAAGAAGGUGACAGACAAAAAAGUAAUUCAAUGGAUGUUAACUCUACAUCAAAUAGGUCUUGACGUGAUUCGUACCGAUAGGACACUGGUUUUUUAUGAGAAGAAAGAGAAUUUGUCAAAAUUAUGGGAUAUUCUUGCUGUUUAUGCUAGGAUAGAUAAUGAUGUUGGCUAUGGUCAAGGAAUGAGUGACCUAUGCUCUCCUAUGAUAAUACUGCUCGAUGAUGAAGCUGAUUCUUUCUGGUGUUUCGAGCGUCUGAUGCGUAGAUUACGAGGGAAUUUCAGAUGCACCAAUAACAGUGUGGGGGUAGAGACUCAACUAAACAAUUUGGCUUCAAUUACUCAAGUAAUUGAUCCAAAACUUCAUCAACAUAUAGAGCAUAUUGGUGGAGGUGACUAUCUGUUCGCUUUUCGGAUGUUAAUGGUUCUAUUUCGUCGAGAAUUCUCCUUCUGUGAUUCAUUGUACCUUUGGGAGAUGAUGUGGGCUCUAGAAUAUGAUCCCAACAUGUUUUGGAUGUAUGAAGAUUCUGAAGAAACUGCUGAGGAAUCUAAAGCAAGAUUAAAGUCAAUACGUCAUUAUGGAAAAUUUGAGAGAGAAAAUAUGAGAAAUGGAGCAAAGAAUACAGAAGAACCUCCUCUUCCCAUAUCUAUUUUCCUUGUUGCUAGUGUGUUGAAAGAAAAAAGUGCAACACUACUCCAGCAAGCACGAGGCCUAGAUGAUGUCGUUAAGAUAUUGAAUGACACAAAUGGAAAUCUAGAUGCCAAAAAAGCUUGUAUGGCAGCAUUGAAACUUCACAAGAAAUAUAUGAAAAAGGUGCAACAUUAAUGUGAUCAUGUUGCAGAACAUGAGUCGUAUUUUUCCAGUUUGUCAUGCAUGAACAAUGCAUUCCUGUUUAUUUUGAAUCCAAGCCCUCUGCAGUAGGUUCAGUCAAAUCUCAAUUGUUGGGUUGAGUUGUAACCCAGAUUCAACGAAUGAGAUUGAACUCGCUACGCGAACCUCUAUUUCUAGUUACCAAAGAAAUGUAUGUUGAUUGUGUCAUAUAUAUGUAAACAAGAUAUGUGGCAAAUAAACUCUCAAUUUAGUCUUUAAAAUAUCACUUUCUUUCUAAUUUAGUCCUUAAAGUA